AUGACAUUGGAUGGGCUUAUUACCAGUAAAUUUCAAACAGUGUAUGGAAGACAAACUUUCAAAUGCCCAUACUACCUGACUGUGUCAGCUUCCACACCACCGACCCUGUUCGUGUCUGACUACACUGCUGACACCGUCCUCCAGCUGUCUCUAGACGGGAAGGCCCUGCAAGAGUACAGUGACAAUAAGCUCAAAUAUCCCAAGUCCGUGGUGGCGGUAGGUCCGGGUCAGCUGCUCGUGUGUGGGAAUGGUAGCCACAACAUGGUGCUGCUGACGGAGAGGGACGGCAAGAUGGUGGAAAUACUUGGACAUAAGGACGGACUGUCUAAACCCUACUCUGUGUCCUUCUGUUCCGACACACGUACGAUAGUUGUUGGGAUGUACACGAUUGACUCACUGAAGGUCAUCUUUUCAAUCAAUCUGAUAAGUGGUUAGACUUCCAUAGCAAUUAUUUUCACAAGGGCUUCAUUAUGGUAACUAGCAGGCGUCAACUGGACAUUCCGAGAACCGCUAGAAUGAUCGCAGGAUGGCUCAAAAC